UCACUUGAGGUCAGCAGUUUGAGAUCAGCCUGGCCAACAUGGUAAAACCUCAUCUCCACUAAAAUUACCAAAAAAAAAAAAAAAAAAAAUUAGCCGGGCAUGAUGGCACAUGCCUGUAAUCCCACCUACUCAGGAGGCUGAGGCAUGAGAAUCGCUUGAGCCCAGGAGGUGGAGGUUGCAGUGAGCUGAGAUUGCACCACUGCACUCCAGCCUGGCCCACAGAGUGACACUCUGUCUCCAAACAAAACAAAAAGGCUUCUUAGAUUAAAACUGGAUUCCAGCCUCGGUUCCACUGGUCACCAAUCAAGUACUUUGCAUCUCUAAGUCUCUGUUCGUUUAACUUCAAAAGGAAGUUAACAUUUUCCUUACAGAGGUGCUGAGGAUUAAUUGAGAUAACACUUGGAAAGCAUUAGGCAUGUAGCACACUUAGCAGAUAGUGGUUGGCUUCCAGUGCUUUUCCACCAGUCUGUGGCCUACAGUUUAAAUGGUGAGAAGAGGGUAUGAGAUUUGAGGCUGGGGAAGGAGGCAUGGGGUUCUAGGAAAAGGAGGCAGUCACUUAGGCCUGGAGCAAGAGGCCAGGGGCCUGGGCAGGCAACAGAGCCCCACAAUGCCCUCGCUACUCUAUUAAUGGGCCCAGAAUCUGGAAGCCAGCAACCAUGUGCCCUCAUGCCCAGGGUCUUCCUGCAGGUGCAGCUGAAGAGCCAAGAGGCUCAGAGUCUGCAGCAGCAGCUAGACUAUUACCUGGGUCACCUGCAGCAGUACGUGGGCACCUAUCAGGAGCAGGUGGCCGCCUGUCAGCAGCAGACAUCUGAGACGGAGGCGCUGCACAGCCAGUUACUGCAGCAGACCCAGCUAACGAACCAGCUGCAGCAGCAGGAAGCUUGUGGCAAAGCGGUAGCUAACCUGGCCCGCCAAAAGUUGCAGGAGACCCAGGAGUGCCUGGAAGCUGCCAGCCAGCAGAACCAGCCCCUACAGGCCCAGUUGAGCCUCAUAGCUCUCCCUGGGGAAGGUACAGGAGACUGCCCAGAGGAAGAGGAGAGAGCCCCAGGAGGAAGCGGGGACUGUUAGCAGCAUAGGAUUGAGGAGUUGGAAGAGACCUUUAGAACAGCUGGUCCUUAUGCCAACCGGGU